AGAUAAUAAAUCAGAGAUUAAAAGGAUUAUUUUAAGGAAGUUAUGUAUUUUAUCAUCCUCAUUUUAUAUUGCGUCUAGAGAUAAAACUCUCGUAUAUAACGAAGAAAUGUUUAUCGGAAAAGCAUAGUUUGUUUGUACGAGCAAUCUAACAGCAGAAUGAAAUUCCUGUUGAGCUUCGCCGCUGUGAUCGCCGUGGCUUCGGCCGCCAAGCUUGGCGUGAGCCCCGUGCCCGCUGGCCCCGCCAGUCUCGUCGACGAGAAUGGCAACCCCAUCUCCGCUGAUUUCGCCCCCAUCAACAUUGGACCCGCUAUCAUCGAGCACCCACCCAGCGCCGUCGGACCCGCCAUUAUUGAGGCCGGAGACAUCGCCGUCGGCCCCGCUAUCAUCGACUUCCCCCUCCCCGACGGUGGCGCCGCGUCCGCCCCCGUUGUGCCCGGCCCUGCUGCCGCCCCUGCUGCCGUCCCUGCCAGCUCUCCUCUCGUCCAGAUCGUCGUGAACGUCAACGCUCCCGCUGGCGCCGGUCCCGUUGUCGAUGCUGUUGCUGACAAGCCCAUGGACAUCAUCGAUGUCAUGCCCGUUGUCGACCCCGUCCAGGUUGUGGACACCCCCAUCGUGGUCGACCCCGUCCAGGUUGUAGAUACCCCCAUCGUGGUCGACCCCGUGCAGGUCGUUGACCUCACCCCCGCCGUCAUUGAGCCCGUCGCUGUCGGCACCCCUAUCCUCCCUGUUCCCGCUAUCAACCUCCCCGAGGAACUGAACUAAACUGAUAAAAAAUAUUACAAAUUAUAUUUCCAUCUAUGUCUGCCUAAUAAAGAGUUCUCGUGGCUAUAGAAAUUUGUAAAUACAUAAUACUAUGUGAUUUAAAAUAUAAGGAUUUUUAUUAAA